AUAUCAUCGAUCUGUCAGUGGGAAGGCCGAUGCGAAUGCGUUGGAUUUGUGCUCUUUUACAGCUUUAAACUACUCUCUCUAAACGUUAAUUCAUUCACACACCUUCGUUUCCACCGUCUUUCAGAGCUUCCCCUCAUCCCCAUCAAUGGCGGCCACUUCCACUUCUCUCUUCUCCUUCACCCAUACUCAAUGCCCGGACAAACCCAGAUCCCUUCUUCGUCCCACACCCUCUGUUUCCCUCUCUUUUCGUUCCAAUUCGCUUCCCACUUUCCGGUGUUCUCUCAAUACCACCGUCCACGACGCACCCAUUGAAGAAAAAGUAGAUGUUCCCAUCGAAAAGAAGUUUCCAUCUUUUCCUACUGUCAUGGAUAUCAAUGAGAUUCGUAAUAUCUUGCCCCACAGGUUCCCAUUUCUUUUAGUAGAUAGAGUGAUCGAAUACAAUCCUGGGGUUUCCGCUGUUGCUAUUAAGAAUGUUACCAUCAAUGAUAACUUCUUUCCAGGGCAUUUCCCUGAUAGACCCAUCAUGCCUGGUGUUCUCAUGGUUGAGGCAAUGGCUCAAGUAGGCGGUCUAGUUAUGCUGCAACCAGAGGUGGGAGGCUCACGCGACAACUUCUUCUUCGCUGGAAUCGACAAAGUGAGGUUCCGAAAACCCGUGAUUGCAGGAGACACAUUGGUGAUGCGAAUGACUCUUGUUAAGUUGCAGAAGAAGUUCGGAAUUGCCAAAAUGGAAGGGAAGGCGUACGUCGGAGGCGAAGUCGUGUGCGAAGGUGAGUUCUUGAUGGCCAUGGGUAAAGAAGAAUGAAAAUUUGGUCAUUUAUAUAUGUGAUGGAUAUGGAAAUGAAUAUUACAGACGUUGGAGUUUAAAGCCUAUGAUAUAAAUGUUUGUGUUUCUGGAAAA